UUGUCUCAAAUCAUAUGGUACAUAAUCAAUUUUUUAUUUACAAUUUUACACCACAGAAGAUGAUUGGAGGGAUAGUGUUAAGUUGUAAAAUAAAUAAAUAGACAAAACCUUAAAUAAUAAUCGUCUGCUAACCGUCUAUUCUCUGCUCUAGCACAUCAACAAAGCAAGAAUAAUUAAUUUUGGAUUGAGAACGAAUUGACUAGCGCUCCACUACACAAGUACAAGUAUGACAUUUUUCAAGUCAACGUAACAUCUUACAGAGCUACUCUCUUUGAAACUAUUAUUGACAAUGGAUAUUCAAUGUGCAGGAUUUACUUUCAUUUCAAAUUUUGAUUCGGGCAAUUUGGCUCGAGUUGAAGAAGUCACAAAACCCUCUUCUGACAAAGGUGGAAAUGAUGUUGGCGCACCUGACUUUGAAUUUAACAUUUGGACUCAGCCGGACUGCGCUGGCACGGAGUUUGAAAAUGAGAGCAGAACGUGGUUUCACUUUGGUAUAAAAGGUGGUACUCCCUUUGCACUUGUCAAGUUAAACAUGGUAAAUUUAAACCGGCAAAGUAAGAUGUACAGCCAGGGUAUGGCCCCAGUGUUCAGGAUAUCUCCGGGCAGAUCUAGCUGGGAGAGGAUACGAGACAAACCCACAUUCAAUACGGAAGACAAUGUGUUCACCAUGAGUUUCAAGUAUAGAACGUUGGAAAAUCUACGUUCGAUCACUUACUUUGCAUUUACAUACCCGUACUCUUACUCAGAACUUCAGACCAGCCUGAGUUUGAUUGACAGCAAACUACUCAGCAAUAACAAACCUCAGCCGAGACCUGACGACAUUUACUACCAUCGUGAGCCAGUGUGUUACUCGCUGGAAGGCCGCAGAGUGGAGUUGCUGACAAUCUCCUCUUAUCACAACAUCUCAGCCGAGAGGGAGCCUCGUCUGGCCAACCUCUUCCCUGACACUGAUGUGCCGAGGCCUUUCCAAUUCACCAACAAAAAAGUGGUAUUCCUGAGUGCCAGAGUACACCCUGGAGAAACUCCCUCCAGUUUUGUACUGAAUGGAGUAUUGACCAUGUUAUUGAACAAGGACGACGUAAGUGCCCAAGCCCUGCGGCGACUCUACGUGUUCAAGCUCAUCCCCAUGUUGAACCCCGACGGUGUGGCGAGAGGGCACUACCGGACUGACACUAGGGGUGUGAAUCUCAACAGGGUAUACAACAACCCCUCACCCACUCUACAUCCGUCUAUUUACGCAGCCAGGAGCCUGAUCAGAUACCACCACUAUGGCGAGGAGGUUCCUGAGACUGAUGAUCUCAUCUCCAACAGAGUCUCCGGCUUGUCUCUAGAACUGUCCAACAACUUGCCAGACACUCGCGAGAACCUAUCAUCAGUUAGCUCCAAUUCAGAAAGCAUUGAUGAACACGAUGAUGUAAAGGAGAAUUCAGCGAUCAUGUCCAAGUUGUCACCCAUCUCUUCUCCUGGAGGCCCCAGCAAGGAAGGAUCGGAACAUUUCCAAUCUGGGUUGUUCCUGUAUGUUGACUUUCACGGACACGCUUCCAAGAAAGGCAUAUUCAUCUAUGGGAACCACUUCUCAAACCCGACAGACAAUGUGGAGUGUAUGUUGCUACCCAAGUUGAUGUCUCUCAAUUCACACCACUUCCAUUGGACCUCAUGCAACUUUUCUGAAAGGAUUAUGUAUUUAAGGGACAGACACGGAGGUCUCAGUAGGGAAGGGUGUGGCCGUGUGGCUGUACUGAAGGCUACAGGACUUGUACGUAGCUACACACUAGAGUGUAACUACAACACUGGUCAGAUGGUCAAUAUCCUACCUCCCACACAGCGAGACGCUCACGACCGCAGGAACAAUAACCUCCUGGUGCCUCCCAAGUACAGUCCGUCUGUCUUUGAAGAGGUUGGGAAAGGCCUGUGCUACUCAAUACUGGACCUUACUGGGGCAAACCCUAACUCCAGACUGUGUAAUUCAGAGUUCCGAUCUCUUUGUGGAGUCCGAGAUUGGCUCCGCAAGUAUGUUAUGGUGACUGAAUCAACCUUGCAGCCCAAACCUCUGAACCAGGUGCGAUUUGGUAUCCGACUGACUCCUCUGGUGGAUGUAAAACCAAAACCGAGCCCUGCGAGAAACGUUCCUGUGGUGCUGCAAGUGCGGACUAAGUGUGCGGCCAUCUUAGCCCUGGCAAGCACCAGCACGUCCAAACCUGCACAGGUGUUGCGCAGGAACAAAGCGGGCGCAGACGAUGUCAACAAGAAGACCAAGAGACUCAAAGUCUCCGACGAGAACCGAGGAAAGUGGAAAGUGUCGAGAUCUGACGAAGUGUUGGUGCCGUGGAGAUCAGGCAGUAGGUUGGAGAAAAAGUCCGGAGGGGACCUGAGUCGACGGUUUAGCACCACGGACCGCAGGAAAAAACCAAAACCCAAGUGAAACAUGCUUUGUAUUUUUAUUACAAAUUAUAGUGAGCAUUUUAAAAACUAUGAGAUAACUGCCAUUAAUAUUUUCAGUGUUCAAAAAUUUUUAUGUAAAUAAUCAUGAGUAUUAAAAGAGUUUAUGUAUUUUGUUAUUGUAAUUUACACAAAAAAGGUUUAUAUGAGUUGAUCAGUUUGCUUAUUGUUAAGACCACACCGAGUUGUAUAUUGAUGGGUUAUUACUUAUUAUAUUGUUUAUUUACAUUAUUGUAAAUUUAUUGUGAUGUUUAUUUAUUAAUUGACUUUUAGAAAUAAAGUAAUAAAGGACCAAAUUGA